AUGGCGGACGCCGCAGAGGAUCUCUCCUCCUUGCCUUUACCCGACCGGUUCGCUCAUAAGAACUGGAAAGUCCGCAAGGAAGGUUACGAAGACGCCAAGGCCCAGUUUGAAAAGACCCCUGAUGAAUCACACCCGGUGUUCGUGCCGUUCAUACAAGACCCUGGCUUGUGGAAAGGCGCAGUGGCAGAUUCCAAUGUAGCUGCACAAUUAGAAGGUCUCGGGGCAUACUGCGCUUUCUUACAAUUUGGAGGAGCGCAGGCAUGUACGAGGACCCGCGGAUACACAAUUGGACCUAUCGCAGAGAAAGGUUUACCAUCCACACGACCGGCCGGUAAGGCCAGCGCCCAAGAAGCGCUUCUUCUAUGCGUGGAGUUGGACAAGGCGGACCCAGUGAUUGAGGAGCUACUGCCUACACUGUCACAUAAAGUACCAAAGGUGGUUGCGGCCUCACUCGCAGCAUUUACCGCCAUUUAUCACAACUUCGGAUGCAAAAUUGUCGAUCCAAAGCAGACUUUGAAGGCGCUCCCCAAGGUUUUCGGCCAUGCUGAUAAAAAUGUUCGAGCCGAGGCCCAAAACCUUACAGUUGAACUUUACAGGUGGCUCCGUGAGGCUAUCAAGCCUCUGUUCUGGGCCGAUCUGAAGCCGGUUCAGCAGGGAGAUCUCGAGAAACUCUUUGAGAGCGUGAAGCAGGAACCCGCCCCCAAGCAAGAACGGUUCACUCGAGCGCAGCAAGAUGCCAUGGCUGCUGCCAGCAGUGCGCCCGCAGGCGAUGAUGGCGAUGAGCCCAUGGGCGAAGAAUUCGACGAGGAGGAGGAUGGAGUUGUUGUCGAUGCCUUUGACCUGGCAGAGCCGGUUGACGUUUUCAAAAAGAUUCCUGAUAACUUCCACGACCAACUCGCUUCUUCGAAAUGGAAGGAUCGCAAGGAGGCACUGGACGCCCUCUAUGCCGUGAUCAAUGUGCCACGAAUCAAAGAUGGUCCUUAUGAUGAGGUCGUGAGGGGAUUGGCCAAGUCGAUGAAGGACGCUAAUGUUGCCGUUGUCACAGUGGCUGCAAACUGUGUUGAUCUUUUGGCCAAGGGUCUGCGUAACGGCUUCACCAAGUACAGAAGCACUAUCAUGGUACCCAUGUUUGAACGUCUGAAGGAAAAGAAGACGACUGUGGCAGAUGCGUUAGGCCAGGCAUUAGACGCCGUCUUCAGUACAACGACCCUUUCCGACUGCCUAGAAGAGAUUUUCGAAUAUCUCAAGCACAAGAACCCACAGAUCAAGCAGGAGACGGUGAAAUUCCUCGUCCGUUGUCUGCGCACGACGCGAGAGGUGCCAUCCAAACCCGAGCAAAAGUCAAUUGCUGAUGCCGGUACCAAACUGCUGACCGAGUCGGCCCCGGCGAUCCGUGAAGGGGCAGCUGAAAUUCUCGGUACAUUGAUGAAGAUCUUGGGUGAACGUGCUAUGAAUCCCUAUCUGGAUGGGCUUGACGAGAUUCGCAAGACCAAGAUUAAGGAAUACUUCGGAACCGCGGAAGUCAAGGCCAAGGAGCGCCCCAAGCCUAUCGUGGCUCCCCCCAAGCCUGCAGCGCCAGCUGGUCGCAAGGUUGUUGGCAAGAAGCCAGCUGCCUCGGGGCUGAAGAAACUCGCCCCUGCGGCUGCACCCCCUGUCCCCGAAGAGCCCGUGUUGAAGCCUCCACCCAAGGGAAUCCCCUCAAAGCUUGGUGCCCCCAAGGCUGGUGGCCUCGCGACUCCCGGAUCUGGUCUCAAGCUUCAGAGAAAGCUCGCUGGGCCCGGAGCCACUGCGUCGCCUUCAAGACGAGCCGCACCUCCCCCAGAAGAGGACGUGGCACCUCCACCAGCUGCCCCUAAAUUCGGCAUGGGACGUGGUCUUGCUGGUCGCCCCAUCGCAAAGCCAUCACCGGCCGAGCCUGCUCCUGCGGCUGCGCCGGCACCUAAUCCCAUGGCGGCUGCCGAUCGAGCUGAACUGGAAGAACUUCGAAUGGAGAAGGAGAAGUUCAACCGCACUGUUGAAGAAAUGAAAUCGGAGCGCUCCAAGCUCAACUCCACGAUCACCGAACUCCAGAACCAGAAUGCACAGUUAAUUGAAGAUCACACUCGGGAUGUCCUGAGCAUCAAAGCGAAGGAAACACAAUUAGUACGAGCCCGAAGUGACGCCGAAGCUGCAGAGGCCAACGUGCAAAAGCAGCAACGCGAAAUUGAGCGAUUGAAGCGUGAGCUUGCACGAGCCCUCCGUGCAUCAGCCAUCAGCCCGCCGAACGCCAUGUCUGACGCCGGUGGCAUGGGCAUGUCAGAAGGCUCCAUCUACCAAGACCACAACAGCAACGCCGCUGCACGGUCAGGUCUUCACAUGGGAUCUCGCUUCGAGAGCUCUCGCCGGAGCUACGCCUCCGCCAGUCCUGUCGAGGACAAGGACAAUGGUGGCAUGGACUCACCAGGACUAGCCAGUCGGAAUGGCGGUCUGGGUCGACGAUUGAGUCCUACAUAUGGUUACUCGAAUAUUGGCAGCCCGACCCGGUCAUCGACUCGGAACUCUAACACCAACCUCGACGAAGACCAGCCUCGUAAUACGGAGCCAGCAGAGAACUGGAAGCGGGCCGCGGAAGUGACCAGCCAGUUGAAGGCCAGAAUUGAACAAAUGAAGGUACGACAAGGUCUUUCACGACCUCCGGCUCAACGUUAA